ACGUGCCUCAGUAUCAAAGUGUUCGCCAAGAACGUUAAACAUGGGACUAGCAGCUUGUAUAUGCACCAAAGUUAUCCAGCUUAUUGCUACCGUGGCAACACUGAUUGUGAAGAGAUUGUCGGACAAGCACUCGGAAAGGGUGUUCCUUAUUAACAAAAAGCAAUCCAGGGAAUGGACACUUUUGAACAACAUAUCCUGGUCAAAGGAAGGCGAUGAUUUUAGCACUCUAACCUUCGUAGGAUACACCUUUGUCUCAGCAGUUUUGCUUCUCACAAGAAUUAUCGACUCUACAUCGAACUAUGGCACUUGCGAAGUAAUUCUGUUAACCUGUGGUGUUUUGUUUUUCACUAUAGAGGGACUUCUUAUAUUCUUCACCGUGGAACAACUUCAUGAGGACCUUCUAAUUUACGCCUAUGCCCUAGGAACACUUUCUUUUAUAUGUGCAGCAUUGUUUGCUCUGGACCUAAUGCUGUUUAAAAACCUGCUAAAACUGAAGAAUUCCACCGCCCAAACGGAUCAAUUAAAAGAAACAGUGGCGCUGAAAGUUUACAAUGUGUCGCAGGAACCGAAGACAAGCUGUUGCAACAAUGGAGCUCAAACACACACAAUCAAUGAACACAAUAGGAACUAUUUGCGAACGGAUUUGUAGGCCCAAUUUAAACAAGUUCGCAUACAUAUCUGCAUCUUCUAUUACCUUUAUUGCCGUUAUUUUCGAAUGAAGUUAAACAAAAUAUGCAUUUUAGGAUCGUGCUGUUAAAACAACUAAUUGGAUUUUGAAUGUUAAUAAAGUUUUUGACAUUAUUCAACGCUAAAAGCGGCUUCAACUAAUACACAAAAUUGAAUGUAUUAAGAAUGCUAACAGUGUAGAUAAUAAUAAUAAAAAGUUUCUGCUCAGAAGAGUAAAAAUGA